GCUUGUUACGCUGUUAGUGACAGUGACAGCUUAAAUUAAUAUUCGCCGAAUUGCAAUUUCUGAAUUGCGUCUAAGUUUUAUUCGCUUCAAAAUAAUGUACUGAGAAAUUUAUUAAAUGAACAAGUUGUCUGCACAGGAUUACUAGUGUUUAUUAAUUUCAUGCGUUUCUUUAAAUUUUUGCCUAUUGCUUAUUGCAUAAUUUUGAGACAAGUGGUUCCAUCAAAGAAAAUGGAUAUUUUACGUCAUUUCCAGAACAUAUCUUGGUGCAAACCAGACUGGUGCUACCCAAGUAUGAGUAAAGAAACAAAUGAAUUGCUACGUCAAUGUAUCGACUUGCCAGCAUUAAAGUUGACGGAUGACGUUGAGGAAAUCAUAAGGAAGAGUAAAGCUUUUCCAAUUCCAUUUCCAAUUGAAACUGUCAGAUUAGAAAAAUUGAAAGUGCGGAAACCAAUAGAUAAGUUGAAGAGAAAUAUUGUAUCGACCUACCCUGUAAUACAUGAAAGAGUUUUACUUUUAAUGACACAUUUUCUAAUUUACAAGAGAGAAUUUGGUUCGAAUAUUGAAAAAUCACUGUACAAAGACAUGACGGUUCCAGAUUUAAUAGAAAGGAUAUUAAAGAAGCGAGCCGUAACAUUUAUGAACCAAAAUGAUAGCUAUUUGCUAUUUACUGGCGAACAGGAUGAAGAAGGUUGGGAGCAAGUAGGUACAAUACAUCAAAAGCCUCCUCUAGUUCUCGAGAACUGUUUGAGCUACGAUGAAAUGAAACUGUCUUCUAUGGUGUACAUAAGUGGGUAUACUGAAUGCAUAAAUGAUGGUGAAAGACAAAAUUGUGGUGUUAUUAGGGAAGAUGUCGCUGAAGAGGAUGCUGUUAUCAUUGGCUUAAUAGGUCCACGUUUUGAGCGCCGAGGUAAAAUGGAUUAUGAGGAUAUUGUUAUAACGGAGCAGCAGAAUUGCCUAGAGCAUGGUUACGGAGAGGAAGUAACACCCACGACUUGUCUGAAUGUUUUGAAGACUACAUAUGUGAGAAAUAAUCAGUCUGCCAAGCAUAUGUGGAGACAGAUGUGGUCGGAGUUCUAUCAGGUUCACAGCUACACAUACGAAGAAUUAUCCUCGUACAUAAACAUACAAGAUAAGGAAGAGGAGAGACGUUACAUGGAAAGAUAUAUUAAAAGGCCGGGCACAGAUGAUAUAUUUGAUAACGAAGUGUAUUACAAGAGGAUAAGUAUAUUAGCAGAGAGCACCCUCCUGGAAGCUGAACACAGGGCGAAGGAAGCUGGGAAAAAUGCAUUUGUUAACGUUAUUGGAUGUGGUCUUGGUGUAUGGAAAAUAUCCCCACAUCAGCCAGACGUCUACAUCCUAACGUUCUUGGAGAGGAUACGCUCCUUCCUCAGGAAGGAUCUGUUGAAUCAUGUCACUGAUGUCAAUUUUGCAUUCAUUAAAACUAGUCCCGGCAUAACAGCGUUAUUCACAAAUCCAACGGAGCAGAGUGAUUCCCCGGUAGAAAAGCGUAUCUUCUUCGAAAGCAAACGACAUCCCAAAGGUGGUAUAAACGUGCAGGUUGAGGACCGCUCGCCUUCGGCCAAGCUGUUCGGCGAGCACGCGGGCAAGCUCCUGAUUCUCACUUACCCGUGGGACAGCAACGCGCAUCCGGGGAACGAGUUCUGGUUGGGAAGCUUAUCCGGUUCAGGCGACCCGGCAGCUGCGUGCUCCACGCAAGUCUCGGAGCUGCAUAAUGCGCACAUCAACCCCGCCGUGAGCGCCUACAACGUGCGCGUCGCGGGCAGGAGCGGGCUCAGGACGCUUUCCGACUACUGUCUCGCUCUCACCGCCUAGGAUCGAGCGAGACGGGUAUACCCAACGACUCCAUUUGGUGAACUGUUGGCAUCACAUAGAGCACACAUAAGUAAGAUCAUUUGGAUUUCACGCGUCACUAUAGUAUUGUCUCACUCUUAGCGCAUAUGCAGGAACGAGAAAACAUAUUAGUAGGUAAUUAAAACAUGUACACAGAUCUCGCUUAGCAAUACAUAGUUCUCGUUCAUCACUCGAGAUAGAAAUAAAAAAUAUUAAGCUAUCUCGCUCUAACUUUGUAAUAUAUCAAAGUGCACGAAUAUAAACAUAGACUAAGAAAUUUUGUAGAUAAUUAUAAAAAUCAACAAUAAACAAAGACAAUGAUGGACUGUAUUCGAAUAAUUAGGUAAAAUUUAUUAAAUUAACUUAGAAAUCAAAAGUUCUUCGUAUAGGAGGUAAAAUAAUUAUAUUUAUAUAUUAUAAGAAGGAUCGUGAUAACGCUAAAGAAUUAAUAAAUUUCAAUGUUGCCAAGUAAUAAAAUUAAAUCGAAAAAUGUUUUAUAUCGAAGCUAUUAAAGAGAGAUGAAAUAAUUUGUAUGUAAUAUAACGCGUAGACAAUAGACUAUCGAAAUUACAACGCACAUUUAAACAAUAUUGAUUUCCUUGACAUUAGAAAUGUAAUGUGUGUAUGAAACUAGCCUUCUCUCGCUCUAAUAGUGUAGGGGUGACAGAAAUGAAUUUAUAAAACUGUGAUGGAUGUAAAUAAACGUAAAAAAAAAUGUCCGUGGAGGUAACUAAAGCGUAUUUAGAAAAAUAUUCUUGCCUUAAUUUUUAUUUAAUUUAGUAAUUAAGGAGCUGGCGAGCUUAGGUAUACGAUUUGCUUAUGUUUUUAUUACAUAAAUAGCAAAAGUAAUUUUAAUUCGAUUACUGGAGUAAAGUUAAAUGAGGUGUGUGAGAUAAUUUAAGGUCAUUGGUUACAAGAGUAUCAAUUUUAUCGAAUGUAUUUUUUUCACGUAUGUCUUUGGAAUAUUGGUGAAUGUCUGCGCCAUCGUUUUCAUUAAUCCAAUCCCAGAAUGAGACAUGGACAAAUGACCAAGUACUAGAUUUUAUGUUUUUAAAUUACUGUCAACUGAAAACGCAUACGCGUUAUUAGGAUUUUUUAAAACGCUGGAAAAACGCAUUGCGCGUUUUCCCCACGGGUACAGUUGGGGGUUUGUGGAUCGUGUCCAAGGCGCCGAGAGCGCCUCGAACAUCGUAAUACCCACUAAAAAACCAGCGGUACCCUUUUCGUCUUAACGAGGAGCGCCACGGGAUCGCCUGCGCAUGCUACCAUGACGAUACACGUUAUUAGCUUUUCCUAACUGCUUCAUUUAUUUUUUAUUUUGUAAUUGGUUUUAAAAACUCACUUACACGGAAUGGCCCUUUUAUCAGAUGAUAGCUCAGAGAGAGUCCAAGUAUUAUAUUUUUAUAUUAAUGAUUUAUUUCAUAGUCCAUUGCAUUUCUCCACUCCUGUGCAUUAUCACUGUCUAAGGCCUUUCGUUCGCCAUUACCAUUUUAUUACGAGAACUGACACGUUCUAAACGUCAGUACACUAUUUGUUAAUUGACAGUGCGCGCAAUAUUCACAUACAUUACAGUAACGAAGCACUAUUUGACACAUUUUUGACACGUGUAGGUAGGGCAUUGUCCCAUUCUUUCUGAGUCUAAGGUUUCGAGUAGUAGAGUGGUAGACUUAGGUUGACGUUACCUUCAGGAACAAGAUACAGGAGCGUACCCAGCCACUCGACAUCAGCAUGAAACCCAAUGGUCCUGAGCUUGUGUACACAAGUUAUUAUCCUAUUUAGACAAUUUUCUACAUGUCCACAGCUCUCUUGGUCUGUAGUCAUCAUUUAACGUAGUAAACCUACCUUCCUUGUCGAGCCGGAGUUAUAGAUAACUUUGCGCAGGAUAUUCCAUGCAUGCUUAGGAGUUUUCGCUUUUUGAAUGUGAAUAUAUUUGAUAGAAUCUAUCAGUAGUAUGAUUUUCAUCCUAGCUUUUGUGUCGUCACUUUUAGGGAAGGGAACACGUUAUCGUUUUCCACGCAUUUUCAAAGGUCCUCGUUAUUAUCUCUUACGCAACCUAAUAAUGACGAACCAUAAUAGAGUUUACCUAUUCAUGGACUAACUGGUCGAAUACCAUUCAGACUAGUUUAGGAUCCCAAAAACCCACGAAGAUCAAUAACACGCCUUCAAGCAACACAAUAAUAAUGGAGCUGACGCAGACGCCAAUUGAAAUGGUAAUCCAGAAAUUUCGAUUAUAAUUCUCUUUGGAAUAAAAACUUAAGACUAUUAAGCUACCAAAAUAUUAGAAAGAUACACACGUCUGUGGAUAUUUAUUAGUUUAAAGAAAAACAAAAAUGUUAUCCUCAUUAGUAAAUCAUAUAGAAAUAGUGUUUGCCAGCUCAUAGUAGGCUCGUUUAAUAUUUAGUCCAAUUCAUACAGUAUCUUAUCUUAAGUUAACUUCAUUUCAUGCUUAAGUAAUCAUAAAGUAUUACUUCGUUUAGUUUUUAGUAAAAUUAUGUAAUUUAUUAUGCACGUGUGACUGUGAAACGAGUUAGACAUUUUUAAAGCUAAAUUCCUCUCAAGAUACUAUGUAUUGCAUGAUAGGGUUAAAAUAAAGAGACGCUAUUGUUUUGUAAUUAAAACCCUUCGAACCCGUUUGAGACAAAAUUACGAGACACGAUAUAAAAUAAAUCAAACAACAACAAUAAUAUCGAUAAAUAAUAUAUGAAAAAAAAAACAUUUCAAGUAUCAAUAGGUGCAAUAUUGGUACAGGAAAGGUACUGUGGAAAAAAAAGUCCUCUCACGUUCUACCAAUUAAAUCAAAGGAAUGCCGCCUUCUACAAAUAGACAAGUACUUCAUGCACGUAACACGAAUGUGCUACGCAAUCCUGCAAUUUUGGCGCAUACAAUACUCGCAGGAUCAAAUUUAAAAAAUAAUUCGAUUAUAAUUUGUGAAAUAGUUUAAAAUUGGCUGAAUAUUAAUUUCAAAAAUGGUUAUGAUUUCAAAGUCAACUUGUAAUGACACUAUUUUUAAUUACAAAAAAGCAAUGUAGGGGAAGUAAGAUACUAUAAAUGUGCUGUCAGGAUUACAGUUUAGUAACAACAGCAGGUAUAACGUUUUUAAGUUUUAUUCUUUUUACGUUUUGUGUACCUUCAUAAUUUUGACUGCGUUUAUUUUUUGUUUUAUAUAUUUUAUUGUUUUAUGUCUAGUACUGUAAUAAAAAUUAUUAGCUGAUGGUUAAUGCGAGAAAUAAUUUAAUAAAAAUUUAGGAUGGGGCAAUAAUAAUACGGAUAUGUUUUAAUUAUUUAUUGAAUGUUUCCAUUAAAGCCUUAUAUAAAUAAAAAAUAGUUACUGUACAAAUCGUGACCGCGUGGAAUGGUGGCAAGAAUGCUGGCAGCAUUAAUAUAUUAUGUUUAAUUUAAAAUGACCUUGAUUUUUGCAAAAUGUCAUACCUAGAAUAUUGUAGGUACUGCAAUGGCUAAGAUACUGCUCUUACUGCCCCAUCUCAAAUUAUCACCUUUUAUUUAGCAAAUGUUUAUUUAAUUAUUAUAUCAUUACAUAAAUAUUGUCACAGUUUAAACGUUUGUCAAUAAAUGGACUUUAAAAGUAUUUUCAGCUUUCUAAAAUAUUAUUUCUGCAUUGAUAGUAUUUUUGGAUUACGAUACUUCAAUGAUGAAGUUAGAAUGUAUUAAUUUUCUUAAUAUCUGUGAUUUUUUAGCAUUUUUAAUGUAAUAUAAAAAAACUACUAUUAAAUAUUAUUAAUCUUGUAUUGGAUUUACUAUGAUUUUCGUUUGUCAUACGUUCUAAGGUAUGAACAUUUUCUUUUAUUGUUAAUUUAAAACAUUUUAAUGAACUAUGGUAUGGUAGCAAAUGGUAGCUAAUUAUUAUUCUUAUUCAUAUAUUUAAUAUAAGAACCAUUUUUAUUCGAUUACAUUUUUUUAUCUUUAUUUUGUCUCUGGACAGUCUGUAAAAUUAAGCUAUGGUGUAAAAUAAGACUAUUAAAUUUAUAAUCUAUGCUUUUAUUAUAGGGUUUGGUAUCAUUGUGAUAAGUUAGUAAUAAUGUAUGCCUAGAACCUUUGUAUUGUAUUAGAUUUGGCUAAUACUCAAGUGAUUGUUAAGUUUAAUUUCGUAAGAAAUAUAUGCUGUUUUAUACUA